GUGAGGUAGAGAGAUGGAGAUUUAAAUGCAGCAGCAAGGCACACACACACACUCAUGCUCUUGGUCUUUAUAUAGGGCGCGCUCCUUCCCCUACAUCCCUCAUCUUCUCUACUUUACCACAAGAUGAGAAGCAUAGUAUUGCUUGUGUGGGCUGCGUCCCUCGUGUCCGCGCUCGAGUUUCAUGAUCAGAAGAACUUCUUCUAUCCAGAUCCAAACGCAUCCACACCUCCCACAGUUUCAUACUCUCCUCCAGCAACUCCAGCAACUCCAAAUCCGACAACUUCCCAAGGAGGGACCGGCACCCCACCGGCUAGCUGUGGAGCUCCCCCGAGUGGAGGCCACCACACCUCCGAUCCAUCGCCACCAGCAGGCCAAGGAUACAACCCGAACCCACCAUCUACUGUCAGCCCACCAUAUACUUGCACGUACUGGAAGAAUCACCCGAGUCUGAUAUGGGGGAUGCUGGGGUGGUCGGGAUCGGUGGGGAAGGCGUUCGGGGUGAGCAGCGUGCCCGGCCUCGGACCAAACAUCAACUUGCUGCAGGCGCUUUCCAACACGCGCACAGAUGGUUAUGGUGAAAUCUGCAGGCAAGGCACGGCUGCAUUGCUCAAUUCAAUGGCUGAUGCCAAAUUCCCUUACACUACUGCGCAGGUAAGGAAUUCAUUCGCUGCUGCACUUAGCUCCAACGACGCCGCAGCAGCUCAGGCGCGUCUCUUCAAGCGAGCCAACGAGCCGAGUCACUAGCUACACUCUUCAUUUCAACUUUCAAUUAUUCUAUUUUUACUCUAAUGUUGCAAAAUCAUUCCGCAACUGCUUUGUUUUUGUAACCUACAAUUUGCACAUCCAAUGCAUUUCAUUUUUAAUUUCAA